AUAACCAGCGCGUGCAAAAUGGCCAAGAGAAAUAACAACAACUCGGCUGGAAGACGGUCCUACGGUGAGAAGCCAUACGAUGUCAACAACUCAUUUGUGAAGAAAAUGGCCACUAGAGUAACAGAUUUAAUACCCCAGAGAUCCUGGAUAAGCAAGUGGUUCAAUUCUCCAGGAAACGGGCUGGCUGAUCAAGACACAGAAGAACAAGACGUUGAGGAAGAGUCACUGCAGCCGCCUUCAAAGCGGCCUUGCAUACGAUUGGACGUAACUCACCCCUCAGAUACCUUUAAAAUCCAGUCGCGUAAUCGUACCACAAACAAUUUUAAUGCAAACACUAUUAGCAACCACAAUAUUAAUUACACAGCUCGUCGAAUUAGUACCGAGCAUUACGAGGACGCUGACGAAACAAUGUCAAGUUUUCCGCAGCCAAUUGCCGGAUCUAGUAGAUCUUUCGUAGCUUCUACGCCUACGCUGCGUGUCCCUGUUAGGUUGACUCACACCAAGUCAGAUAUUACCCCUCUUGCUCACCAGCAACACCAGCAGCCCCACCAGCAACAUCAAUCCCAGCCUCAACUACACCAGCAGCAUGAAGCGAAUGCAAAUGGUGUAGAUGACAAUUCCGAGUCUAGUGAAAGCACCAGCGGGUGUAGUUCCUUAAUUCCCCAGACCAGCAGACAAGACGGAUUGUCUAACUUCAUAAUUUACCCAUUUGCCAGUAAUAAAAAGCUAAAUAGUGAUAAUAAAUUAUCGUUUACGGAUCACCUGCAGUCAAAAUCUCUCCUAUUCAAUGGCAGAGAUUCGCUAAGCUCUAGACGACCGAGUUUCAACGCGUCGAUGGUCAGCAAUGACAACAGUCCCCUAGAACGCGCUGCUGGUCUCUCCUCGCCGUUUUACAGCGGUAACACAACCUUCGGAGGUUCUAACGCGAUCGGGAAUUUCCGGGCGACAAGAAGACCCGGUCAGAUCAAUGACUUCCAGCUUAGAGUGCCCAAAAGGUCGAGUGUCCGCGUGAAACCUUCGAAUUCCUCUACGACAGACGUCACGGGGAUGAGCCAGACCGCUAAGAGAAUCUUAGAGACUUUGGAACAUUUUUCUUCGCCUAUUACAGACGCAAAAAAGAUUCCCGUAAAGACUCCACUGAGCACUUUUGCGUCGAGGAAGCGCGCUAGGGAGGAAGAAAGUAGUAUAAAUAGCACUACUUCUAAUGUCGCUCCUAUUGGACUGAGACACUUGACCAGAGAACUGGCAGUUCCCACGGUUCCCGAUAUGCUAAAGCUCAAGAGACGCCAGAGACUGACCAAUACUACUCUAGCUGCCCGGAAAAUUGUGUCAGCUCACAGCGAACCUGCGCCGCAGGUUAAGUCUAAUGAGUAUCAUCUCAGAACUGAGACAGAUGAUAAAAAAUUCAUGGGGAAACUCAGGGCUAAGGGUAAGAAGAAAAUUGAUGAAGAGCCCAAAGAGGAGCUUAAUCUAGCGCAUAUUCCUUUACCUAUUACUACUUUGCCGACUUUUGAUAUUCCCAUUUCUGAAGUUAAGAAUAAUUCUUCUUCUGCUUCUUCUUCUGUUAUUAAUAAUAUUAAUAAAGGAAAUUCUGGGCUAGAGCUAGAGACUAAGAAAACUAAUUCUCCGUCCAAAGAAACGGGGCUGUUUAAAUUUUCCAGUCCGAUAAAAUUGGACGGAGCUAAUACUAGUCUCGAGUCAGACGGGCAGAAAUUUACAUUUUCAAAACCUAUUAAUUUAAAUGAAGAAACAUCUCCGAAGAUUGUUAAGCCUAAUUUUAAUUUCAAUUCUACAAGUCAGCCGACGACAAACUUUUUGUGGUCUGGAUCGUCCACAGCUCCGAGACCCAAAGAGAAAAAAAUAGAGCCUGAAAGCAAAAUUGAAUUGCAACCUGGAAGCGUUUUGGAUGUUCUGGUGAAAAAGAGUGAUAAGGCAGAAGAAAUUUGGGAAUGUAGGGAGUGCUUUAUUAAAAAUAACGAUAGUAAUGAUCAGUGUGUCGCUUGUAAAGCUCGAAAGUCAGAUUCUAAGGUCUCUAAUUCUUCUACAUCGUCUUCGAUAGUUGAUCCAUCUGAAGGAAAAACGCAAUUUGGAAUGCAGUUUAAAUUGAACGAUAAGUGGGAGUGUGAGUCUUGUUUAGUAAGAAAUCCAGCUACUGAAAAAAAUUGUCUGUCUUGUUCAACGCAGCGGCAAGAUAAGAGUAGCAAGAGUUCUAAUAAAUUAUUCUCUAGCUUCAGUUCUAAGGUUGAAACUGCAAAGGAAGAAACUAAAGCUAAUGCUAAAGCUGAAGAGAAGAAACCCGACGGAACAUGGGAAUGUCCCGGGUGUAUGUUAAAGAAUCCUUCUAAUGUGAUAACAUGUCCUUGCUGCAACGCAUCCAAGCCAGGACUAGUCAAGACAGUCAAAAACAGUCUGCCUAUUGUUAAAAUUCAGCAGAAUGCUGCACAAAAAUGGGAGUGUCCUUCCUGUAUGGUCAGAAAUGAACUUACGGCUUUAUCUUGUGUAUGUUGUGAAACACCCUGUCCUAAUAAAUCUUCUAAGACAAAAUCUGUGCAAGCUCCAAAGCUAACGGCACCAAUUACCAGCGGGUUUGGGGAUAAAUUUAAAAAACCACCUGGUUCGUGGACUUGCGACGCUUGUAUGGUUCAAAACAAGGCUGAGGUUACUGAGUGUGUUUCUUGCAGUACUUUGAAACCCGGAGCGGCUCCCUUGAAGAAGGAAGAAGAAAAGAAAGAAGCUCCUAAAUUCACCUUUGGAAUUCCAGCUGGUGCUCAGCUUCUUACGAAGAAUGAUGAGAAAAAGUCUGGUGCUACGAAUGGGUUCACAUUUGCACCGCCUAUGAGUCAGCCGUUUACUUUUGGCAUUCCUAAAACCUCAGAAACAGAGCCUACGAGUUUCAAAUUUUCUUCACCUACAACUAUAGCGCCCAAAGCUACGGAAAUUCCUCCUGUUAGUAGUACAGUCAGUGGGUUUACUUUUGGGGUUCCUAAGGCUGUUGAGAAAGUCGAGGAAAAUAAACCGGUAUUUUCUUUUGGAACUCCUAAAAUUGUAGAGAAAGAAAAAGUAUUUUCUAAUCCGGCUACUAGUGUUAAUUCACAAGAAAAAGAUAAAACUGAAAAAACUACUCCGGGAUUUUCAUUUGUUUCUCCGGAAAAUGUUGCAAGUGCGAGUUGUGAUGUAGGAGCUUCUUCGACAGUUUUCACAUUUUCAGAACCCAAAAAUUUGAACACAACUGAGAAUAUUAAAUUUGGACAAAGCCAACCUGUAACUGUGGCAGCUCCAGUGUCUGUAGCUGCUCCAGUAACAACUUCAGGAUUUUCAUUUACGAGUCCAAAAUUUGCGGACUCUUCAUCAGCUCCACCAGAAAAAAAAGCCGCCAUUUCUUUUGGAAGUUCUGCACCAACUCCUGCUCCAGUUUUUGGAUUAAAUUCUGCAGCUAAGCCUGAAGAAAAAUCCUCUUCACUGUUUGAAAUUGCAGAUAAGUCUAAGACGCCUUUUGGGGGGUUAGAAAAAAAAUCCACAGGAUUUGGUGAUGAAAAAACAGUUAAAACAACUUUUGGUGGAGAUAAGCCGAUGUUUAGUGGUGCAGCAUCUACGGCGCCAACUUUUGGAUCUGCACCUUCUGUACCUACUACUGCAGCAAUAACUCCCUCGUUAUUUGGCUCCAGUACAGCGCCACAAAGUAGUAUCUUUGGAACUGGUACUCCCAAUUUUGGAUCUUCUACGGGGCAAAAUAUAUUUUCAGCUAAACCUGCUGAUACUCCUGCACCUGCGGCGAGUAAUUCAGGACUGUUUUCAUUUGGAGCUACGUCGGGACAAAAUACUCAGAAUUCUACUGGAGGGUUCAAUUUUAGUGGAGCUAAUACGAAUAAUACGCCGCAGAAACCGAUGUUUAGUUUUGGAAGUAAUUCUGCUGCUCCAGUUCAGGCUCAAGCUCAGGUUCAGGCUACGGCGACGGCUACGGCUGGUGAAACGGGAUUUGGAAGUACUUUCGGGAGCGCUGCUACGUCCCAACCACCGGCGUUCUCCUUCAAUGCACCCAAAGCUGAGCCACCGGCUUUUGGACAACCGUCCGCUACACCGCUUCCUAGUAUUUUUAAUAAUCAAGCUUCCGGGACAUUGGGACAGAAUUCUGGGAGUAGCACCACCAACACCAUCAGGUGGUUUCAAAUUUAAUCCCAUGCCUUCAACACCGGGAAUCGCCUUUGAUCCUAACACACCUCCGACAUUCAAUUUCACUGGUGGCAGUGCAGUAGCCCAAUUUAGUGCGGCACCACAACAAGCUGUAACGCAAAGAAAAAUAAAACGAGCAGUAAGAAGAGCACAUCCACGAACAAAAUAAAUUUAAAUCUAAAAAAAAAUUUUUGCAACAAUGUGCGGUUAAUUCGUGUGUUUAAAAAAAAAAUAAAAAUAAAUAAGUUAUCAACUGUAUAA